GCUGCUGGUGGUUUUUUGUUUGUGGUAAACUGUGUUUCUGGUAAUUUACUGUAUGUCUCGGAUUCAAUAACACCCGUACUCAAACAAGCCCAGGUUAGUGUACACUGCAUAUACUGUAUUGGGGCAUGUCAAUAAGUCCAACACCAUAUUGAAAUGCUGAACCAGUACCUUAGAACUUGACUAAGUUCGAAUUUUUUAUCUCUAGACCGACUGGGAAAACAGACCUAUUUAUGAACUUAUCCAUCCAGAUGACGAGAAAAAGAUCAAAGACCAACUGUGUAUCGACCCCGCCGACUCUGGGAGAAUUCUCGACUUGAAAAGUAAGGUUAUAGUUUGACAUGAUCUUGUUCAUCGAGCUUCGUAAUUUUUUGUGUAUGUUUUUUUAUGAACGUUUAUUUAAUGUUUUUCUAUUUAUCAUUUCAUCCCAUAGCUGGAAGUGUUCGAAAAGAAUCUUCGUCAG